AUGGAUUUUGCACCUGAGGGCAGUGGAUCAGCUGAUGAACAUGACGAUUCUUCAAACUCAAGAAGGGAGAGGGAGAGAAAACAGUAUCAUCGACACUCCGCUGAACAAAUCCAACGACUUGAAGAGUUUUUCAAAGACUGUCCUCAUCCAGAUGAAAAUCAACGGAGACAAUUAAGUAGAGAACUAGGGCUUGAACCUAGACAAAUCAAGUUCUGGUUCCAAAAUAAAAGAACCCAAACAAAGAGCCACAAUGAACGAGCUGACAACGAUGCCCUUAGAGUUGAAAAUGACAGAUUCUAUUAUGAGAAUCUUGUUAUGAGAGAAGCAUUAAGGAAUCUUGUAUGCCCAAAAUGUGAGGAUGCAUCUUCUGGAGAAGAAGCAAGGCAAAGAAAUCUAGAAAGAUUACGAGUUGAAAAUGCUGGGUUGAAACAAGAGCUUGAAAGGGCAUCCCGUGUGGUAUCCACUUUUUCCAGAAGAUCUGGAGUACUCGAAUCUUAUUUGCCACCAUCUUUUAGUCCCCUAUCAUAUUUAGGUGAAAAUAUUCCAGGGACUUCAAUGACCACAUUGUUACCUCAAAGGCUCUCUGAAAUACAAGAGAUGGAAAAAUCUGUGAUGGUUGAAACUGCUGUUAAUGCCAUGGAUGAAUUGUUAGAGCUUUUCCGAGGAAAUGAGCCCUUAUGGGUUAAGUCUCCAACUAAUGAGAGAUAUCUGAUUCAUCGGGAAACUUAUGACAAGCUAUAUCCCAAAAUAUCCCAUAUCAACAGCUCUAGUUCUUGGAUAGAAUCAUCAAGAGAUUCAGGACUUGUGCCAAUUACUGCCAGGCACUUGAUUGAUAUAUUUCAAGAUCCGGAAAAAUGGAUGGACUUUUUUCCUACAAUUGUCACCAAAGUUAGGACAAUUGAAGCGCUUGACACGGGAAAAAGGGGUGGUUCUCUAUUUGUGAUGCAUGAAAAGUUGCACGUUCUUUCACCUCUUGUUGCACCCAGAGAGUUGGCGUUCCUUCGUUAUAUCCGACAACUUGAUUCAACAACGUGGGUGAUCGUAAAUGUUUCCUAUGAUUCCCUUAAGGAGCUAGAAGAUGCUUCUUCUUCACAAACAUGGAUGUUUCCUUCCGGUUGCCUUAUUCAAGACAUGCCCAAUGGAAAAGCAAAUGUGGCAUGGGUUGAACAUGUUCAAGUGGAUGAUAGAUCUCUUACUCACCCUCUUUAUAAGGAUAUGGUUUGUGAUUCUCAAGCAUAUGGAGCCAAGAGAUGGAUUGUUACUUUGCAAAGGAUGUGUGAGAGAUUUGCAUUUUCAAUGGGACCAAGACCUUCUCCUGGACAUGAACUUGAAGGAGUUAUUGAUGCACCUGAAGGUCGGAAAAGCCUGACAAAACUUUCUCACAAGAUGGUCAAAAACUUCUGUCACAUAUUAAGCAUAAUUGACUGGUGGUUUCUGCUUGGGUUUGGUGUCUUUUGUUUGAAUAACGAUGAGUCUAGUGUUGGGUUAAUGAGUCGGCUCUUGUAUGGUUGGGUUUUAGUCGAAGGAAAAUGGUUGAAAGUUCCCAACUUUGAGUGA